UUUGACUUGAGCAGAAUUCUAGUGUGGCAGUUAUUUAAACGAUUCCCGUUCUUUGACACUUUUUUAUACUCCCUGAAAGUAUCAGUGAUUUUGUUUCUCACAUUCAUUUAUAAGACGAGAUCAAGGUAUUGCUUUUCACGAGUAAUAAUAUUCGUAUAGUUUCUUCUUCUUUGGAAUAGGGUGUUUUAGCGUAUUUUUUGUAUGAAGUCACUUUUUCACUAAAUAUUUUGUGAAGUGCGGACCAGUGCGUAAAUCCUGAAGUGCAGUUGUGAAACGUUCCGGAAAAUGCUUUUAAUCCACGCAGUGCGGUAGUCAAGAUCGGAUAACAGACUUCGGGAGAGCCCGUAUCAAAGUACGAGCGACUCAGCAGCAUGACGCAUCAAUCUUUUAACGACCUCAAAAUGGAAUUAAGGUGGUGGAGACGGUGUAAAAGCGACAUUGCCCGAGUGUACCCUAGGAUAAUGUUUUUCAUAGUUGUCUCAAUGUUAUGUAUAUCAUCAACGUAUGGUCAAUUACCGGAGAAACUAGUUAGUCAAAAUCCUUGUAUCGUCAAGCAAACAUGUUCCGAGUGCAUACAAACGCCCACUUGUGCGUGGUGCGCAGAACCUAAUUUUUCUGAUCAGAAGCGGUGUUUCCAGCCGAACAUUAACACUGAUCUACUGCUGAAAUGCGAUGAAGCUUUCGUUGUAAAUCCUGACAAUGUAUAUUCAAUUUUAGAAAUGAGAGAAUUAUCUCGAGCUAAUAGUCAUUCACAUAGCACGAGUAUAAAGAACACCGCCAGCGGAGGAUCUUUUGGUGCUGGAAGUAGGGAAGCUGUACAGAUCACUCCUCAACACGUCUCUUUAAAACUUAGAAUAAAUGAAGUGUAUAGAAUGUGGCUCAACUACUCACAAGCUGAAGAUUAUCCUGUAGAUCUUUACUACCUCAUGGACUUGUCAAAUUCAAUGGCUGAUGACAAACAGAAACUGUCACUCCUUGGAGAUCUACUGGCAGAAAGUAUGCAAAAUAUCACAUCGAAUUUCCGACUAGGUUUCGGCAGUUUUGUCGAUAAAGUUACCAUGCCAUAUGUUAGUAUAGUCCCGAAAAAAUUAAUCGCUCCUUGUGACAAUUGUGAAGCUCCAUACGGUUUCCGAAACCAAAUGUCUCUGAGCACAGGAACAGCCCUGUUUUCUGGUUUGGUCAGGAAUGCUGCUGUGUCUGGAAAUCUUGACGCCCCUGAAGGAGGAUUUGACGCCAUCAUGCAAGCUGUCGUGUGCCGCGAACAGAUUGGUUGGCGGGAGAAAGCAAGAAGGCUCUUGGUGUUUUCUACAGAUGCCGGGUUCCACUAUGCUGGUGAUGGCAAGCUUGGCGGUAUCGUCAAACCGAAUGAUGGUCUAUGCCAUUUAGAUCGCCGAGGUCAAUACACGCACUCAGUUCUCCAGGAUUAUCCAUCAAUUUCUCAGAUCAACUUGAAAGUCAAACAGAACGCCAUCAACUUGAUUUUUGCUGUUACCAAGGAACAAAUCGGAGUGUAUCAAAAAUUAGGUCAGCAUGUUGAAGGAUCUUCUUACGGUACCUUAUCAAAUGAUUCAGCCAAUGUUGUGGAACUUGUCAAGGAUCAAUACAAUAAAAUUUCAUCAUCGGUGGAGAUAAAGGACAACGCCUCAAGUGCAAUCAAAGUAAAUUACUAUUCAAACUGUCUGGAUGAAAAUGGACCUCUCGUCCAAACAAACAAAUGCGAUGGUUUGAAAGUUGGAACUGUGGUACGGUUUCAAGCAGAAAUUGAAGUUAAAGCUUGUCCAGAGGAUCGGAGAGAUUGGAAACAAAGGUUCCAAAUAUACCCUGUUGGUAUCAAUGAAUCUCUCAUUGUAGACGUGGAAAUGCAAUGUGAUUGCUCUUGUGAAAACCCUGGAAACCCGGGCUACAAAGAAAAUGCAGAGGAAUGUUCCGGUUUUGGAACCUACAAAUGCGGCAUUUGUGAAUGCGACUCAUCCCACUUUGGCAGAUUCUGUGAAUGUGAUUCUGAUAACAACAGGCAUGGAGACACAAAUCUAGUGUCAGGCUGUCGUCCGGACAAUACAACUUUGGUAGAUUGUUCUGGACGAGGAUCUUGUGUCUGUGGUCAGUGUGAAUGUGAAAGGAGAGGAAAUCCUGAUGAGACCAUCAGCGGGCAGUUCUGUGAAUGCGACAACUUUUCAUGUGACAGAGCAGGUGGAUUACUAUGCGCUGGUCCUGGACACGGUCAUUGUGUCUGCGGAAAAUGUGUCUGUGAGCCCGGAUGGACUGGUCCAGCAUGUGAUUGCCGUGCUUCCAACGCCACCUGCAUACCGCCUGGAGGCACUACAAUUUGCUCUGGCAACGGAGAGUGCGAGUGUGGAGCCUGUAAAUGUCAUGAAGGAAAAGAAGGGAGAUACUCUGGAAGGUUUUGCGAAAAAUGCCCUACUUGCCCUGGUCGGUGUUCUGAGUUCAAGGAGUGCAUCCAGUGUCUUGUCUACAAAACUGGUCCUAUUUCACAAGAAGAUUGCGCUAAGAAUUGCACUAUCAUACCUGAAAUUGUCGAAGUUAUUGAAGUGAAUGAAGAAAAAGAUGAAAACUUGUGUGCCUUUUAUGAUGAAGACGACUGUCGCUUUGCGUUUGUUUACUCAUACGAUGUUCAUGGAAAAAUAGUCCUCAGAGCUCAGCAAGAAAGGGAAUGCCCUCCGCAAGUACACAUUUUAGGUGUGGUACUGGUCGUGAUUGGUUCAAUCGUGCUGAUUGGUUUAGGAUUCUUGUUGUUAUGGAAGAUGAUCACUUAUGUCCAUGAUCAGCGGGAAUGUGCCAAGUUCGAGAAAGAAAUUAAAAUGGCCAAAUGGGAUACAUGCCAGAAUCCUUUCUACAAGCAAGCCACAUCAACGUACAAAAACCCCAUUUAUACCGGAAACUAAAGCAAACUCUUGCUUUGCUGAAUUCUACCUCUACUUACCAGUCAAUGAAUGAUAAAGUUUGUUGAGCACAAACGGUUAAUUGUUCGAUAAAUAUGUUUCUUAUCGCAACAUCGCUUUUGUUCGUGCUUGAUGAAUUUUUCAAUUCGGCUAGCGUUUAAGUGUCUUCUCUUCCCCUCUCAGACUAUUUCAUGUCUCUGCUUUGUAUAUUUUGUAAAAUUGAGUACCGAAAAAAAGCAGCUUGAAAGGCAAACCAAGAUUUUUGUCAAUAGGAAAAAUUGUCUCGCUCUGGUUUUUGCUUCCAUCUUUACCCAUAUGUUGUUUUAAAUCAGUGAUCCGUUUUGUCUGUUGCACAAGAGGAAUUGUUUUUCUAUACUAUAACUUUUACAUCCUCGCAAGGGAUGGUUAAUUUUUUUCUUUUUUAUAUAAUUUGUUGCUUGAUUUUUUAAAUUUUUGUUCCGACAUAGAGGAAAAAAACCGAUGGCAUCCCGACAAGUUCUAUGUUGGCAAAAAUGUUAAUCUGAAAUUUGUUCGAUAAUACAAUUUUUAUACAGCGAUUUUUACUUUGAAACGUUUUGGUUUAAAUAGGUAAGCUAUUGAGGGUAGGUUGCAAGGUUACAUGCAAGAAUAACAAUUACCAAUCGCUGCAUGCAUGAACCUGCAGUAAAAGGGGGGAGGGGGAAUAGGCAAUGUCACAUAUUGAAUAGAAGAGCCUAGGGUCAAAAUUCUAUGCUCUUUAAAACGUUGGUUCACUUCUACAAAUAUUUUGAUUUUCACACUUACAAAUGUGGUAUGUGGACUUUCUUUUUUCUCUUCAUUCUGACUUCAAGCCCUUUGAUGGAGCGCAAAAUCAGCUCUCAAAAGCGAGUUUAAAACACAUUUACAAAGCAAAAAUUUGUACAUAACUUAAUGCAGUCUGCAAAACUUUCUUGUCUAUAGUAGAAUUUUUAAUAUUUUCAAAUCUAUUUACUGUUGUGUAUUUUAAUAUUGUAAAUGACCGAUGUGUACAUAGAAAAUAAUUUGAAUUAUUCCAACUAGUCUUAAAUUGUCGUUUUUUUUUUUUUAAAAUCUAUGGCUCUUUUCUCUCUUGCUUUGCUCUCUUCAUUGAUUCAUUAAAGUCAUAAAUUUUUACUAACGUAUUGUUCAGGUCAGGUGUUUCAUUCAUGUGAAGGUUCCUCAAUCUCCAAGUGCUCUUAAAAAACGUUUUUAUCGUGCAUUAUUAUCUUCUCUUGAUAUCAUGAAUGAUCCCUCAGAUUGACCAAAUAUGUCAGUUUUACCGAUAAGUUUUUUAUAUUAUCAGUAUUAUUUCUAUCUUUGUUAAUAAUAUUUUUUUUCUCUUCUUACUUAUUAUACAUUCUUUUUUUGAAGCCCUAACUUUUAGUUCAAUUUUAUAGUUUUCCGAUGAUUUACCUGCUGACAAUUUUAUUUAUCUCUUUAUGUCACAAAUUUUGUCAUUUUUGCUGAGGCUAAAUCGAAUAUCUAAAAGAACAAAGUAUUUUGUUCCCACAUAUUGUAUCUUACAAUCGAAUAGCCUCAGGUAUUUUGCAAAAGAUCGAUCUAUUUCUUCCUUUCUUUCAUAUUACUCAUGUUCAUAAAUUCGCUGUUUAUGAAGUGCCAUACUGUAAAAUGCUGUCAAUUACUUCUGCUAAUGUUACUCUUAAGGUAACCUUCAUUAUUGUAAGGUAAAAAUUGGUGCCUUUUCCGGGAAACUAGUGUAUAUUACUCUUUGCUGAAGUUUUGUUCGAAACCUUCUGUUUUUUCGUAAUUUUUGUCUUUUUGUCAAAUUUUAGAAAAACUAACGUUGUUUGUACAGGUAUAUUUUUUAUGAUCUUGUUAAAGUGUACUUACAGUUGUUUUGUGUCUGGGUGUUUGUCUAGUGAGAGAUGUAUUAGUGCAUGUAUGUGUAACACAGUCAGCUUUCCCUGUUUCAUAUAUUUCAUUAUGAACUCAUCAUAGACUAAACCUGUUAGAAAUGUAGCUAAUUAUAUUAAAUUGGUCAAUAGACAGGGUAUGAUUUAAGGUAUUAUCAUACAAGGGUCAUCCAAAAAGUAAGGUUCCCUACCUUGUAUCUUCCGAACAAAAAGAGAUAAAUCAAAUCGGGAAAGAUUACAUUAUUAGUAGGCAUACUCUAAGCUUUAAAACAAGCUCAAGUUUUUGAAAAUCGGUUGAAGGGUUUUCGAGAAAACUUAAUUUUACUGAGACAACCUCCUGUAGCUUUCAAAAGUCACUAGAAGUGACUUUUUGAACUUUUUAAUGAACUUUUAUUUUGGCUUUAUCACGAAAUUUUAUAUUAGAAAAACUACUACAUCCCUGCAAAAAGUCUUUGAUGCUGCCUUAUUACAUGUCUGUUGUUGUUGGUUUCUCUCAUUAGGUAAUAUAGAUGUGAAUAAUAUGAUUAGGGAAAUUUGACUGUAGCCUUGAUUCAUUUUUGGUUCAUUUGAAAUAAUGUGAUCACUAAUGUCAGCCUUGUUUCAGUAUGUAUAUUUAUUUUUGAGAUUGUAAAAUUUUAUGUUGAUUGGUCGAAUCAGCUAUUCCCAUUACUCUUUGUACAUAUUCUGUAUGUUUAUUUAGUAUUUUUAAACAUUAAAAUUGACUAAAUAUUUGAUAGAGUAACUUCUACUGAAAGAUUUUAGUAAUUUUUGUCUUUUGAAAUAACCGAUUCUUGGUGAAUUAAUGGUGUUUUAACUUUUAACACUGAACAGAAUCUUACCAGUUCUUACUGUGAUUUAAUCCUCGAAAAAAGAAUCUAACGAGUAAGAUUAGUGUGACUAACAAAAUGAAUUUGCUGUAAUUAACUGUAAUCAUAACUCUGGCAAAAGACAAGGAACUAUCCUCAAAAUUAAUUUGUUAAAGAAAAUUUAGUCAUUUGUAUAAGUCCCAAAAAGGUGCUGUACUAUAGAGUUAAAUAAUUCUGGACUCCUAUGCCGAUGAUUUUACGUUUGCUCUACUUAAUUUUUAAUUAUUUCUAGGCUGCCAUGCCUAUUUUACUGCCAUGAGAUCUUUUUAUGAAAAAUAGUAGUUAGCCAUAAUGAGUCAUAUGAUAAUAUUUAUAAUGAAGCAGUAUCUUCAGUUCAACGAACUUUAAGGCUCAUGUUAAACAAGUAAUUCUAAAUUUUUUAUAACUCUGUCGGAUCCAAUUUGCACUGUUUAGUUUUUUAAUUUUUUUAUUUUAUUUUUUAUUUUUUAUUUCUCAAUCACAACUGAAGGGAAAAUCUGUACAAAAAUUUUGCAAUGCUUGAUUUUGUAUUAUAGCACUCUUACUGCCAAUUUGUUGUGCAUAAUUGUUCCUGUCCUGUCAAGCUUGGAAAAAGGUAAAAAAAAACAAGAAAA